AUGGAUUCCAAGGCUCAUGUAGCCCAUCUCGAAGCGGGAGCGUCGAAGCUGGAAACCGAUAUUGACGAAAACCUAGUCCAUGAUGCCAGAUUGGCGACUGAAAAGGAGCACCGCAUGACGCUUUGGCAAGGCCUCAGGUUGUACCCCAAAGCUGUUGGUUGGUCCCUUUUGAUCUCCAGCGCAAUCAUCAUGGAGGGUUAUGACGUUGUGCUUAUGGGGUCAUUCUACGCAUUCCCUGCGUUUAACGAAAGGUACGGCCAUCGCAUGUCAGAUGGAUCGUAUGCCCUCUCUGCUCAAUGGCAAGCCGGCCUAUCCAAUGCAAUGAACUGUGGUCAGAUUUUGGGACUUUUUGCCAACGGUAUCAUCUCUGAACGCUUCGGCUACCGAAAAACUAUGAUGUAUUCCCUGGUGGCUACAGUUGGAUUUAUUUUUAUUCUCUUCUUUGCCCAGAAUGUCCAGACCCUUCUAGUGGGUGAAAUCCUGAUGGGAAUUCCACUGGGCGUCUACCAAACCCUCUCCGUCACCUACGCUUCGGAAGUCUGCCCUGUCGCCCUUCGUGCCUACUUGACGACGUACGUCAAUCUUUGCUGGGUUAUCGGCCAACUGGUUGCAUCUGGCGUGCUGAAAGGGCUUGCAAACCGGGCCGAUCAAUGGGCGUAUCGCAUUCCAUUCGCUGUUCAAUGGGUGUGGCCCAUCCCAAUCUUUAUCGGUGUCUUGCUCGCGCCCGAAAGCCCCUGGUGGCUCGUUCGCAAAGGACGUCGCGACGAUGCCAUUUGCUCCCUCAAACGACUUACCUCAAACAGCGACACAGAUUUCAAUGCCGAAGAAACAAUCGCAAUGAUGGUGCAUACGAAUGAGCUGGAAAAGGAAAUCGCCGUGGGGACAAAUUACUUGGACUGCUUCCGUGGAAUGGACCUUUAUCGUACCGAGAUUUCAUGUCUUAUUUGGGCGGCUCAGAAUCUCUGUGGCUCUGGCUUGAUGGCUUACUCAACAGUCUUCUACCAACGCGCCGGCCUGCCGGUGUCCCAGUCCUUCAAUAUGUCUCUAGCUCAAUACGCUAUCGGUUUCUUUGGCACUGUCUUCUCCUGGUUUCUGAUGAUGCGUUUUGGCCGGCGUACUCUUUACGUGGUUGGCCUUGCCAUUCUGACAGCUCUGCUUCUUGUGGUGGGCUUCAUAUCUAUCGCCCCUGCAACCACAAAUACCGCUUGGGCCACAGGCUCCAUGUUGCUUGUCUACACAUUCUUCUACGAUUCAACGGUUGGUCCAGUCUGCUACUCGCUUGUGGCAGAAAUCCCUAGCACACGUCUUCGAAUCAAGACAGUCGCAUUGGCACGGAAUCUGUACAAUUGUUUCAGUAUUCUGAACGGUGUUAUUAUUCCCUACAUGCUGAAUGUUGACGCUUGGAACUGGCGUGGCAAGGCGGGCUUCUUCUGGGGAGGCCUUGCGCUGCUCUGCUGGGUGUGGGCUUAUUGGCGUGUCCCCGAGCCGAAGGGUAGAACUUACGCAGAGAUGGACGCCUUGUUCGAGCGCAAAGUUCCUGCUCGUAAAUUCGCAUCAACGAACGUGGAGCUAUUCCACGACGAAUCAGAGACGGUCAACACUACUAAGUAG